AUAAAUACAAGUGGCGACCGUGAGCUCUGCAGACGCGAGUCGCGUGGCGUCCAUUGCUGGUGCCAAAAGAGCGGGAAAUUUUGACGUUUCGAUAUUCGUUCACAAACACGACAUGUUGCUGAAGACUAUAAUAUUAUGCGCGGCAUGGCUGGCGUGUGUGCACUGCCAGCAUAGCCAGCAGGGUCCCACCACCACGCCAGUGCCCAUCCUCAAGCAAAUCAACAAACAGAACGACGACGGCUCCUACAGCUACGGCUACGAAGCUGCAGAUGGAUCAUUCAAGAUCGAAACCAAGUAUCCGAAUGGUGACGUCGCUGGGAAGUACGGUUAUGUAGAUGAGAGUGGAAAGCUGAGGGAGAUAUCGUACGGCGCGAGCAGCAAACGCGGGUUUGAACCUCAAGGUCAAGGAAUCAUGGUGCCGCCGCCAACACUAAACGACCCUUCAAACGCACUGCCAGACGGUCAGGAGGACGAUGGCCAGUACCGCGAGGAUCCUAAGAUCUACGAGGAUCCCAAAUAUAACGGCAGGGCUCAAGCUAGGCCGUCUUCUAACUUCCGACAGUUCCACCAACCAGCGCGACCUGAGCCCCAGUAUGAACCGGAACCACAAUACCAGGCGCAGACACAGUACCAACCACAACAACAGUACCAACCGCAACCACAACCACAGUACCGUCAGCCGGCACCAACAUACCAGCCUGAACCUACUCCACAACCUCAACCAUUCCGUUCACCUCUCUUCACUCAACAAACAAACCUCUUCAAUCAAUCUCCCCAGCAGUUCCCUCAAGAACGUCCCCAAAGCCAGGUCUACCACCAACAGCCCCAAUUCUCUUACCAGGCGUUCACACCUCAGCCAUACAGCCAGGCUUCCAACCAGGCUGCGAACUAUCAAAGCUACCAACCACAGAGCCAUCAGGGUCAAAACUACAAUCCUUUCUCUGGUCAUCCCGCACAGAACUUCGAUCCUAGCACCGGAUCCUAUUCCAUUAAUUUCACUGGAAAAUAAUUAAAUUUAUACCUCAAUAUACUGACUUGUAACAAAUCCAAAGCUUUAGGAAGGCGAACUUUUUUAUAUUUUUGUAUGUAAGACUAGUCAAUGUAAGCGAAGCUUGUAUUUUUUUUUUACUAAAAUUUGAAAAAUUUA